CCCUUUCACUUUGUGGGGUCACCGCUUGUCUGCUUUUACAGUUUGUCACACUGACACAGUACCAACCAGAGAAUAAGAUGCAGAGGAAGAGCUACGAGGGAGAGAGAGAAGUUGGGAUUUGGGAAGAAGAGAUGUUUCUGGGUUAGAGAGAGAAAAUGGGGUGAAGUGCCGCAGAUGGGGGUCCGCUAUCACCGGUGAUGAUGAGAACCCCGUUUUCAGAUUUCAUUUUUUUUUGUUAAGUUUUUUUUAGGUAAAUGCAAUUUUUAAGUUUUUGGUCUUGUUGAUUGGGUAGUUUUCAUGCUGUAUUUUUCUAGGAUCGAGGAGAUCAAGGUUUGAAGGGUAUUGAAGAAGGAGCUGUCUUGGGUUCUGUAGAGCAGAAUGAUGUAUCAGCAAGAAGAGUGACAGAUACAGAGCCUCAAAGCCUCUCUAAUUUGGUUCGGCUGUAGAAAGUACUGAUUUUUUUAUACUGGCCCGGAUCCAUUGCCUGGGCUUUUAUUACUGGUAUAAGGACCAGGAGUUCUCGAGGUCAAAACCAGUGAUAUUUUUCUUCAUUUCCGGAAUCAUGGCGAGCUUGAUGCAUUCCGAGUCCAGGCGCUUGUAUUCUUGGUGGUGGGACAGUCAUAUUAGCCCAAAGAACUCGAAAUGGCUUCAAGAAAAUCUUACAGAUAUGGACGCCAAAGUUAAAGCAAUGAUCAAGCUCAUUGAAGAAGAUGCAGAUUCCUUUGCAAGAAGGGCAGAGAUGUACUACAAAAAAAGGCCUGAACUCAUGAAAUUGGUAGAAGAGUUCUACCGAGCUUACCGUGCCUUGGCAGAAAGGUACGAUCAUGCAACAGGAGAGCUCCGACAGGCCCAUCGAACUAUGGCCGAAGCAUUUCCCAACCAAGUUCCCUUUGUAAUGCCAGAUGAUUCACCUUCUGGAUCCUCAGCAAGUGAGCAUGAUCCACGCACACCAGAAAUGUCACAUCCAAUUCAUGCAUUCCUUGACCCAGAUGAUUUGCGUAAGGACGGAUUGGGGUUUUCUGCAUCUGAUGUUGCCAUCAGCAAAAAGGGUUUGAAACAGCUUCAUGAGAUGUUCGGGGCAAUAGAAAACUCAAAGCUUGCUGAGGGAACAACAAGACACAACCUGAAACUUGUGAAGGAAGAGAAAGGGAAAACUUUGAAUGAUGAGGUCUUGCAGUUAUCAGAUGAGAAUCAGAACCUUAAAACAAAGGUCCUUCAGGAGUCUGAGCGUGCAGGUAGAGCAGAAACUGAAAUUGAAAACUUAAAGAAAGUCCUUUCUGAUCUGCAUGCUGAAAAGGAGGCUGUACUUCUUCAAUACCAGCAGAGUAUGGAAAAGGUGUCCAAUCUGGAGGGAGAACUUGAUCAUGCACAAAUGAAUUCCAGGGGACUUCAUGAAGAAGCAAGUAAAGCUGCAGCUGAAGUUCAGACACUGAAAGAAGCCCUUGUCAAGUUAGAAGCUGAAAGGGAUGCUGGUUUCUACAAACAGAAGGAGUUUCUGGAAAGGACAUCUCAUUUGGAGGCUAUCAUUUCUCAAGCUCAAAAGAAUGCACAAGGACUUAAUGAGCGAGCUAUUAGAGCUGAAACUGAAGCUGAGUAUCUUGAAAAAGAACUUUCUCGAUUGCAGACUGAAAAUGAGGCUGGUUUUCUCCAGUACAAACAAUAUCUAGAGGGAAUAUCUGAGUUGGAGAAAAAGCUCUUGCUUGCCCAGGAGGAAGCCAGGCUACUUACCGAGAGAGCUGCUGUAGCUGAAACUGAAGUUACAAAACUGAGAAAAGAUCUUGCUGAAUUAAAUUAUGAGAAAGAAGCUGCAGCUCGUCAGUAUAAGAAUUGCUUGGAGAAAAUAUCUAAGCUGGAGAGUGAUCUCUCUUGUGCCCAAGAGGAAAUCAGAUGCCUUAACAGUGUGGUUCUGACUGAAACUGCAAAACUGAAGGAUACUGAAGAAAAAUGUGUUCUGUUAGAGACAUCAAAUCAAUCUCUGCUGUUAGAAGCAGAUAACCUAGCAAGGAAAAUUGCAAUGAAAGAUCUAGAACUUUCCAAAAAGCAUGAGGAGUUGGAGAAACUUCAGGCCUCUUUAGAUGAUGAGCAUUCCUGUUUCAUUCAAGUUGAAGCCUCUCUGCAUACCUUGCAGAAUUUGCAUUCUCAAUCUCAAGAGGAGCAGAAAGCUCUAGCCUUGGAGCUUAAAAAUGGGUUUCUAAUGCUGAAGGACCUGGAAACAUGCAAACAUGGUUUGGAGGAAGAACUUCAGCAGGUUAAGGAUGAAAAUUGGAUCCUGAAUGAACAGAAUUCAUCGUCCAUCCUUUCAAUGGAGAAUCUGCAAAGUGAAAUUCUUAGAUUGAGGGAGAUAAAAGAGAAACUUGAGGUGGAGUUUGGGCUACAAAUGGGACAAACUGAUUCCCUCCAGCAAGAGAUUUACCAUCUGAAGGAGGACAUCAGGGGCUUGAGCAAGAGAUAUCAGGCUUUAAUGGAACAAGUGGAGUCAGUAGGUUUGAACCCAGAUUGCAUUGGGCUAAUCGUAAAAAGUUUGCAGGAUGAGAACCUAAACCUGAGGGGCAUCUGUGAGGAGAGAAGAGAUGAGAAAGAAGCUUUUUUGAAAAAAAUGGAUAAAAUGGAUCAACUUUCAGAUAAGAAUGCUGUUCUCCAGAGUUCUCUGUCGGUUUUGAGUUGUGAGUUGGAAGGCUCACGAGAGAAGGUCAAGGAAUUGCAAGAAUCUUGCCAGUUGCUCCUUGGAGAAAAAUCUGCUCUUGUCACUGAAAAAGCUACCAUCCUAUCUCAGUUACAAAUUAUUACAGAAAAUAUGCAGAAGCUCCUGGAGAGAAACACUGUUCUUGAGAAUUCCCUUUCUGGUGCAAAUAUUGAACUGGAAGGUCUGAGGGCAAAAUCAAAGAGCUUAGAGGAGCUAUGCCAGAUACUGACCAAUGACAAGGCCAGUCUUCUCUCUGAAAGAGGCACUCUGGUUGUUCAAUUGGACAAUGUUGAGAAGAGACUUAAAAACCUGGAAAAUAAAUUUACAGAAUUGGAACAAAAGCAUACUGGCCUAGAGAAGGAGAAAGAAUUCACAUUAUCUCAGGUAAAAGAACUAAAGGUUUCUCUAGAUAUAGAGAAGCAAGAGAGGGCAAAUUUUACAUUGUCAAGUGAGUCCCGAUUGACUUGUCUGGCAAACCAGAUCCAGCUCUUGCAAGAAGAAACUAGGUGGAGGACAAAAGAAUUUGAAGGAGAACUUGAUAAAGCUGUAAAUGCCCAGUUCGAGAUCUUUAUCUUACAGAAAUUCAUACAGGAUAUGGAACAAAAGAAUUACGCUCUAUUAAUUGAGUAUCAGAAACAUGUUGAGGCAUCAAAAUUGUCAGAGAACCUGAUUUCAGAGUUGGAGAGUGAAAAUCUUGAGCAACAGGUGGAAGCAGAGUUCUUGUUAGAUGAAAUUGAAAAACUGAGGAUAGGUAUAUAUCAAGUGUUCAAGGCCCUUGGUGUUGCUGCAGUAAAUGAACCAGAUUGUAAGAUUUCAAAUGAGCAGGUAUUUGUGCACCAGGUUAUACAGAAUAUUGAAGAUAUGAAAUACUCUCUCUCGAGUUAUGAGGAUGACAAGCAGCUAUUGUUGGUGGAGAACUCUGUUCUUUUGACUCUGAUCAGGCAAUUGAGAUUAGAGGGCGUGGAAAUUGAGUCAGAGAAUAAAAUCCUAGAGCAGGAGUUCGAGAACAUGACCGAACAGAUUGUUAUGGCUCAGAAUGAGAAGCAGAAACUUCUAGAGAUGAACAGGAAGUUGAAAUCAGAAGUGAACAUGGGAGAGCAACAGGCAAAUGUACUUAGGUCUGAAAUAGAAAAGAUGUCUGUUCUGCAGGGAGAUGUGGAGAGGGAGUACCUUAGCUUACAGUAUGAACAUUCUCAAAUGCUUGAAGAAAAUAGGUCCUUGCUGAAACAUCUUGGAGAGCUGCAGGAGAAAAACUGCAUAACAGAAGAGGAAAACAGUUCUAUCCUUCUGGAAACAUUAGCUCUUGAUAGCCUGUCUACAAUUUUUAAGAACCUUGGGACUGAAAAAACUCUGGAACUAAAAUUACUUUCUGAUGAUUUGCACAAUCUUCACAGUGUCAACAAUGACCUUCAAAAGGAGCUUGGUGUCUUGAAAGGGAAGUUGGAAAUAAAAGAAGCAGAAAAUUUACUUCUCAAGGAUUCAGUGAAGAAAUUAGAGGAAGAGUUACAUGAUGUCAGAGAUUUCAGUAAACAAUUGGGACAGGAAAUUUCAACUGGAAAGAAUUCCUUGUAUCAGAAGGAAAGAGAGCUCUCAGAAGCAGAACAGAAGCUUAAAGCUACAGAGGACUUAUAUUCAGAAUUGUGCAUAACUGUGGAUGGAAUGAAGAGGCAGCAUGAAGAAUCAAUAUCCACAAAUGAGAACUUCAAGAAGCACAUUCUCAAACUAUCUGAGGAAAAUACAACCCAGAAGAAGGAAAUUGAAUGCCUUCGUGAAACAAAUGGAAACUUUGAGUCUGAGCUGGGGGUAUUACUUGAAGAAAUUGAAGAACGCAGGAUCAGAGAAGAGAAUUUGAACUCAGAGCUGCAAGAAAUAAGCAAUGAGUUUGAAAUCUGGGAGGCUGAGGCUGCAACAUUCCAUUUCGAUCUUCAAAUCUCCACCAUCCGUGAAGUUCUGUUUGAAAAUAAGGUUCAUGAGCUUAAUGGAGUAUGUGAAACUCUUGAAAAAGAAACUGCUUCUAAAACAGCUGAGAUUGAACAGAUGAAACAAAGAGUUGGCUUCUUGGAGACAGAAAUAUCAGUCCUUAAGGAUCAAUUAUUUGCAUAUGCUCCUGUUGUGGAGUCACUGAGCAAUAACAUAACAUCACUUGAGCACAAUAUUCUCUAUCAACGAGAGCUUAACGCCACUGACAAACAGGAACUGAAGGACGUUGGAUUGCCUACUCCUCCCAAUGAGAAAAACUGUCGAGACUUGAUGGAAGAUGGCAAGUCUGUGAUACCAAAUGGAAUUCCAGAAUUGCAGAACUUACAGAACAGGAUUAAAGCUGUUGAAAAGGUAGUAACAGAAGAGAUGAGAAGGCCGGCCGCGCAGGAGAGCUUAGACACCAAAAUCAAGCUUGAAGCGGCCCUGAAAGAGAUUGAAGAGUUGAAAUCUAACUGGAGCUUCAAUCUAGAAAACAACAAACUAAUGGGAGGGAUGGACUUACGGGAUGAACCCAGUGAUAAACUCAAGUUGCAGAGAACAAAACCUGAAAUUUCUGAAAUGAGGAAUGGGAUCUUAAUGAAAGAUAUUCCACUCGAUCACAUUUCAGAUGGUUCAUCAUAUGGAAUAAACCAGAGAAGAAAUAAUGGUGCUGAUGAUCAGAUGCUUGAGUUAUGGGAAACUGCUGAGGAUGAUUGCAACCUUGCCCUAACAUUCAAAGGGCAGGCUCAUGAACCAUCAGAGGAGGACAUUGUGUGCGACCAAUUUGAGCAUGUGGAGGAGGAUAGUCAAGAUCUGCCUUCAGAUUUACAAGUGGAAAAAGAGUUAUCUGUUGACAAGUUAGAGGUAUCCACGAGCAUUACCAAACCAAAUUCAGAGCCGAACAAGAGAAAGAUCUUGGAGAGACUUGAUUCUGAUGCUCAGAAGUUGAAGAGCCUUAAGACAACAGUGGAAGACCUGAGGAAGAGAUUGGAGACAGGCAAGAUGAGGAAAAAGUCAAAGAAUGUUGAUUUUGAGACAGUGAAUGAACAGUUGCAAGAAGUUGAAGAAACCAUUGCGCAGCUGGUUGAGGUAAAUGGACAACUGAUAAAAAACAGUGAAGAGUCGCCAUUCCAUUCAGCUGGAAAGGCUACUGCAGAGUCAGAGGCCGUCCAGAGCAUGCAGAGGAAGAGAGUUUCAGAAGAGGCACGAAAAGGGUCCGAGAAGAUUGGACGAUUGCAGUUGGAGGUUCAGAAGAUCCAAUAUAUCUUGUUGAAACUGGAGGAUGAGAAGAAAAGCAAAGGGAAAAACCGAUUUACAAGGAGUAGAACAAGCAUCAUCUUUAGGGACUUUAUUUCCAGUGGCAGAAGAAGUAGCCCAAAAAGGAAAAAAGGCCGUCUUUGCGGUUGUUUCAGACCUCCAACUAACCGAGAUGGUAACAGCAUGAAUCUUCCUAACUAAAUUAGGUUCAAGUAAUCAGUAUUCAGUCCUGUGAAAUGCUUAUUGUACUAUGUGAACAAGAUCACUUGAAUUUGUUGGUAGGGGACUACUGCCCAAUCUGUAGUUUGGAGGAACUUUUGAAUUAGAUCUAAUCUAAUUUCAAUAAGCAGCUCCCCAUGAGCCUCUUUUUUCUGUCAAUAUCUGUGGCUGGUCCUGUCGGGGAGGUCGUCAGAAGCCAUGAACUGCUCUAGUAUUUUCGUGUUAGAAGAGCAAUGAACCUUUGUUAUUGUAAUGAUACAGCAAUUAGAUUUUGUU